UUUCAAUUGAGACUGCUCUUAAACUGAGGUUGCUUUAGUGUACUAAAUUGAGUAAAGUUUACAUAUUUGAUGGAUGAUUUUGAGUGAUUGGUACUUGGUAGUGGAAAAACACUUUGAAGGACUAUUUUAUACUCUGAAAUACAGAGUAUUUGUAGAAGAAACUGUGAGAUUCUGUACUUACUGCAGAUUGGCUUAUCAAGCAGAUUACAGAUGCGCCGUAUACACACAACAGCAUAGGGAAUAUGAGUUUGCCGGCGCGUUUGGGAACGACGAAUCCAUCAACUACGGACAACUCCAGUUUCAGCUACGUAUCCAUCAAUUUUUCCUUUUUCUGUUGGUUUAUUGUUUAGUGAUUGAAGAUUCGUAAUAUGCAGUACACAUGUUUGAUAAAAUGUCUGUGCGAAAAAAAGAACAAGGUGGUAGGUUUUUCUUGAAUUAGUAGCGUACUGGAUACUUGUAGCUUUAUCAUACACCAUUGUUUUCUGGUGGGUAAAGAUGAAGGUUGAAAAGCUCAAUUCUUGAAUUUCUUUUUUUUUUUUCAAAAUCAAUCAAUUUGUUGAUAAAUAGAAGGACCACGGUACUGAGUAUGUGAAAGGUAUGCCCUGUUUGAGGAUUAACAAUCUAGUUUGGUUAAGAACAUUUUAGGCACUUUGACUCUAAAUGAAAACUAUGUGAUUAAUCAAUCAGUUGUGUUCUAUAGUAGAUAUAUUGUUUAUGUUUGAGAGAAUGAAAGUUUUCCUUUUUCAUUCAUAUAUUAUUUCUGUUCUUUGAGAGAAUGAAAGUUGUAAUUUUUCAUGCACUGCACAAGGAUUUUCUGAAUUGAGUAGUCUAUGAGAAAAUGUUCACUGAGGGAAUACAAAACUGUCAGGGUGAUAGGAGUCUCUCACACUUUAUUGAACUCAUUCAGGGGCACCAUAUAAGCUUAGAGAGGAGUCUGAAGAGUUCAAACCGGAUAGCUUUUUGGGAGUGAAUAUGGAGGGUUAAAGAUAGGGGUGGGGUUCAACUUUGUGGGCACAUGUGUUUAACUUAGGUUUGUUUGAAGUUGGAAGACGCUUGUCUCCAGGAAACACUGACAAUUUCAUACUUUCAUUAGCACUAGAUUCCUACCAUCUAGACUGGGAAAGUAUAAUUUAUGGAACGUGAAAUGAUAAACACGUGUUUAGAAACGUUUUCUUUGUUUAAUAAAUUUCCAUAAAGUCUCUGCACCAUUAGUCAAUAGAGAAAAGAGUUAGCCAUAGGUUUGCUGAUCAUAAUCUUCAGAGUUGAAUACUUGUCAUGUCACAUGUGGAGUAUUGAGGGCCCUCCUCAGUAGGAAAAAUACAAGAUGGUGGCUUUUAAAAAUUGACCUGAUUACUCUCUUCUUCUUUGGUUUUCUCUGUUCUUAGCUCAAAGAUUCUCUCAGGGUUAUUAACAUGGAGGAGCAAUACUACUAUUAUACUGCAAUUUUACUGUCUUUUUUCCUCAUCAUAUUGUCAAAAUUAUUUUCCCAUAAAAAGAAAAAUUUACCACCAAGUCCACUUGCGUUACCAAUUGUUGGCCACUUUCAUCUUUUCAAAAACUCAAUCAAUCAAACACUUACCUCACUAUCAGCAAAGUAUGGUCCAGUUCUUUAUCUCCGGUUUGGAUGCCAGUCCUUUCUUGUCAUAUCUUCACCUUCUGGAGUUGAAGAAUGCCUCACCAAGAACGAUAUUGUAUUUGCAAGCCGGCCUCAGAUCAUGGCUGGAGACAUGUUCAGCUUCAACUAUUCUAGUAUCGUGUGGGCACCAUAUGGCCAGGUUUGGAGGCUUCUGCGCCGUUUUGCUGCUAUUGAACUAUUUUCCACAAUUAACCUGCAAAGUUCUUCCAUCAUCCGAGAAGAAGAGGUUCGAAUUCUUAUCUGCUCGUUGUUCAGAGUCUCCAAGAGCGGAAGCUCAGUAGUGGAUGUGAAAAAUUGGGUGUCUAUUUUUGCUUACAAUACUAUAAUGAGACUUGUGAGUGGUGAAAGGCUUGUGAAUGAAGAAGAUGCAGGGGGGACCAAGGGGAAGGAAAUCAUUAAAGAACUCAGAAAGCUUUUCUUCCCAGAUAUACCGUUCUUCAAUGUUUGUGACUUCUUCCCAGUGUUGAGGUGGUUUGAUUACAAAGGGAUUCAGAAAAAGAUGGUGUUACUACAGAAGGAGAGGAUCAAAUUCUCGAGUGGCUUAUUAGAUGAAUUUCAACAGAAGGAAAUCUAUUCUUCCGAACCAAGUAUUCAGGUGAAGAACAGGAAGAAGGCAACACCAAUCAUCAAAACUCUACUUUCUCUCCAAAAAUUGGAGCCUGAAUUCUAUACAGACGAUAUUAUCAAAAGCUUUCUACUGGUGAUGUUUAUUGCAGGGACAGAGACAUCAUUUGCGACUAUCGUAUGUGCAUUGACACAUCUCUUGGCUCACCCGGAGGUAAUGCACAAACUCAGAUCCGAGAUUGACAGCAAGGUAGGACACAGAAGGUUGGUAAAUGAGUCUGAUCUUCCCACACUUCCCUAUUUGCAUUGUGUUGUGAACGAGACACUAAGGUUAAACACUCCUGUACCAUUUUUGUUACCUCACUGGUCAUCUGAAGACUGUGUAGUCGGGGGCUAUGACAUUCCCAAAAACACGACCUUAAUGAUCAAUGUUAGCGCUCUGCAUCAAGAUCCCAAGGAAUGGGAAGAGCCGGAGAAGUUCAAGCCAGAGAGAUUCGAAACAAUGGAAGGUGAAAAGGAUGGAUUCGGCUACAAAUUCGUUCCAUUUGGACUGGGGAGAAGAGCUUGCCCAGGAAACAACAUGGGUUUGAGAGCAAUUUCACUGGCGUUGGGUGCAAUUAUCCAGGUUUUCGACUGGGAAAACGUUGGAAAGGACAAAAUGGACGCUGGCUCUUUGGAAGCGGUUUGCAGUCCACGCCAAGAUUGCAUCCCGCUUCUCUCCCAGCUCUAAAACGUUGUUACAACUCAACGUUUUGAGUCAUCUUAUGUAUUAUAAAGUAAUGAAAUAAAUACCUCCCCACCCUAUCUGAUCGGGAUGAGGGAUCCUGGACGAGAGAUUUUGUCUUUUGUUUUCAGGUAAUGAAAUAAAUAAGGUAGAAAUGUGUGUAGUUAUUAUGUGGUGAAGUAUCAAGUGUCUUUUCCUCUAUGAGAAGCUGUUGAAUGGAACUUGAACAACACAAGAACACUAGCAAUUAGCAAAGCUGUGUACCCCUGUAAAGGAAAAUGUCUUCCAACUUUUUCAAAUUAUAUUGUAAGAAUAAUGCUACAUUUAGUCGUUAAAAUUGUCUUAUAUUUUCAA